GCGGGGCUUUAAGUACACUGAAAGCGUUUAUUAUUCCUCGCUUUCAUUGAAAGAUGAUAGUGCGGAUGGAUUUUAGCUGAUCACUACGGACAUGACGGAUCAAUUAUAUUCAGGUCUCUGUGUGUAAAACAUGGAUCGUGAGGCGGGCGAGAACUCCUUUGAACAUGGAAGUUUGGGAACUCUCAGUCGCUGGGGGAGAUUUCUUUGCGGUCCACGGAAUCUCACCUUUAAAGAUGUGUUUACAUGGCAGCUCUGCAAAACUAUUGCAAUGGGUCAAGCCCUGUCGAUGCUGAUAUGUGGAACGGCGGUUACGUGUCAGUAUUUGGCAGAUGCUGGGGUGGAAACACCAAUGCUGCAAAGCUUUCUCAAUUACACCUUGCUGCUGCUCACCUAUACUUUAGUGUUAGCCUUCAGAAGAGGUGAAAAUAACAUUGUUAAAAUUCUAAAAACAAAGUGGUGGAAGUAUUUUCUGAUGGCUCUUACGGAUGUGGAAGCCAAUUACACAGUUGUGAAGGCAUACCAGUUCACUACCCUCACAAGUAUACAGCUGCUGGACUGCUUUGUGAUCCCGGUUCUGAUGGUGCUCUCAUGGAUCUUCUUGAAAACUCGCUACAGACCAUUGCAUUUUAUAGCUGUGGCUGUGUGCUUACUUGGAGUUGGUGCAAUGGUGGGAGCAGAUCUGCUGGCAGGGAGAGACCAAGGCUCAAGUAGUCAUGUGUUGUUGGGGGAUGGACUGGUGCUAGUCAGUGCUGCUCUGUACGCAGUGUCUAACGUCUGUCAGGAAUACACAGUGAAAAACCUGAGCAGGGUGGAGUUCUUGGGCAUGAUGGGACUCUUUGGGACACUCAUCAGUGGUGUGCAGAUGGCUAUACUUGAAUCCAAAGCUAUACCUGCCAUCAGUUGGAACUGGACAAACUGCCUGCUCUUUGUUGCAUAUACUCUGUGCAUGUACGGGCUGUACAGUUUCAUGCCUAUAGUGGUAAAGAUGACCAGUGCCACAGCUGUGAACCUCUCACUGCUGACUGCCGACCUCUUCAGUCUCUUCUGUGGCAUCUUCCUAUUUCACUACAAUUUCUCAGGCCUGUACAUUGUGUCUUUUGUGGUCAUCACGCUUGGUUUCAUCAUGUUCAACAUCGUACCGACCCACACAGCAGAUCAGUUGUAUUCUACUAAUGACAGAGCGUAUCAUCUUGCUUCAUCUACGGAUGUCCAACAAGAUGGAGACGUUGUAGUAGACUGGCUGCAAAAGGAAGGACAAGUGAAUCAGGACAGGAUAGGAUCCAGUCACAGAGCACAUUGCAACGGGUUCUGUUCCCAGAUAUAAAGCUCUACAAUGUAGAGUACAGUACUGAAUUUUACAUAUUUGCCUUAGAAGGGUCUAUAUUUUUGCCAAAGGCAGUGUUUAAUCUGUUAUUUAUGGAUUUUAAAUCCACUUUAGUGUGCCUUGAGUCUCUCUCUUUUUUUUUUUUUUUUAAAUUUACACCAGUUUGCAUAUAAAUGUUAUUUAAAUAUGCUGAGACUGAAGGUCAGACACACACACAAAAAAACUGUCAUCAUGCACUAAAAUGAUCUGUACAUUACUAACAUCUCUAAGAGGUGCUAACAUCUAAAUUCCACAUAAGAUGCUGCUUCCAGUAUGAUUACUUUUAUUAACAUUCUUUAUCUAACACUUGUGUGUUAUUUUUAUGAGUUACGAAAUGGCUACAAAACUGUAGAUCAAACAUAACUUUAGAUGAAAUGGAUUUAUUCUGCUUUUCAUAGUCAACUUGUUACAUGUAUUAUUAGUACUGAAUGUUUUUAUAUGUUUGUUUCUGUUUUAUGUAUUAACAUUUGAGAAUUGUUUAUUUUUGACC